AUGCAUCGUGUUUACAGUCUGUCUAGCAUCUAUUCAAUUCUGUAUGUACAGUUUCAGUGUAGCUUCACUUGUAGCUGUUUCUUUUUCCUCUUAUUCAGUACAACUUUUAUUCCCGCGAAGGCAGCUGUCAUUUCCUCCAUCGUCAUUUCCUCCGUAUCAGGAAGUGUGAGGUGGCUUGUGAGAGCUAUCAAAAUGUCUGCCAUAUUCAAUUUCCAGAGCUUACUCACAGUCAUCUUACUACUCAUCUGCACUUGUGCAUACAUCAGAGCACUAGCGCCAAGUCUGCUUGAUAAGAAUAAAACAGGAUUUCUGGGUAUAUUUUGGAAAUGUGCAAGAAUAGGUGAACGAAAAAGCCCGUAUGUGGCUUUUUGCUGUAUCAUCAUGGCUUUUACCAUUUUGUUUUCAGAGUAAAUGAAAGAACUUUAGUAGAGGACAAAUUGGAAAUGGUAUUAUCUAAGAAGAUCUCUGCACCAAGGAAUCUGUCAUUUCUCAGCAUUUGGAUUGGAUUUCACAACUGUCCGACAGUGCUGACAUUUUGUGAACGUUUUUAGGCAUGGGGACAUAAACUGCUUUUGAAGUACAAAUUAUACACUUCUCUGCCUCCCAAACUCUUUUGUAAACAUCCGUUGCUGUUGGUUGCACCCUAAUGCUCUCAUUAUCACAGGCUCCUGAAAACCAUUUUGUUCAUAACAAAAUGUUUGUGAAGAAUUUGUGUUUCAGUACAAGGCAUGUGGACCGUGUUGUUGUUGCACAUGUGUGCCUUCCUUUGUGAUCGUACUUGUGAAUGUAUUCAUUUGAAUCCAUUCAGGUUGACCUUGGUUGUACUCUAAAAGUUUUAAAUAUCUUUUUCAAAUAUAAGUUGAGACUUAUUAAAAAGAACCAUACCCUUCAGAUCAUCUAAACCUAUAAUUUAUUUCUAUUAUGAUUUCUGCCAUAUACGAUUAGUGGACAUGUUGUGCAUUUUUAAGGAAGACCACCCUAGUGAUGGUUUUAUCUAUGACCUACUACCAGUACCUCUUAUUUAGAGGUUUUGCCAUCAGUCACAUGUUCAUUUGCACAUCAGAAUACUGUACAAGAAAUGCACUGAAAAUUUUGGAUUGUCUUGAAUUCCAAAAUUAAAGCAGUAUAUUAAAUUCCUCUGGAGAUUGUAAAUAA